UCUAUAUUCAAAAUAACUUCAAUCAAUCAUACGUCACUGAGACAUCAAAAUUGUAGUAUGUUUGUAAUCAAAAUAUGAAAAUAUAAAAAUUCUUCGUGACAGCAAAGUAAUGAAACGAAAUGAUUAAUUAUGUAUAUGGCAGAAGCUUUCAUCAAACGUUUCAGUUUUUGACAAGAAAGAAUGGCACCAGCGGUGGGCAUCGAUCUAGGGACAACUUAUUCCUGUGUUGGAGUGUUCCAACAUGGUAAGGUGGAGAUCAUCGCCAACGACCAGGGCAACAGGACCACGCCGUCGUAUGUAGCAUUUAAUGAAACUGAAAGAUUGAUCGGCGACGCGGCAAAAAAUCAGGUGGCGAUGAACCCUCGAAAUACGGUUUUUGAUGCAAAACGACUUAUCGGACGUAAAUUUGACGAUCCUAAAGUCCAACAAGACCUAAAACAUUGGCCAUUUCAAGUUGUCUCCGACGGUGGUAAACCUAAAAUAAUAGUUGAAUACAAGGGAGAAAAAAGGCAUUUCUCUCCAGAAGAAAUAUCAUCGAUGAUCUUGACUAAGAUGAAAGAAGUUGCUGAGACGUUUUUAGGAGGGACUGUAAAAGAUGCUGUUAUAACUGUUCCGGCUUAUUUUAAUGACUCUCAACGUCAGGCGACUAAAGAUACCGGUGUUAUAGCUGCUUUAAAUGUUCUUAGAAUCAUCAAUGAACCCACAGCUGCGGCAUUGGCUUAUGGCCUCGAUAAAAACCUUCAAGGUGAUAAGAAUGUUUUAAUCUUCGAUUUGGGAGGUGGAACAUUCGAUGUCUCGAUCCUCCAAAUAGCCGAAGGUUCAUUAUUUGAAGUGCGAUCCACAGCAGGCGACACUCAUUUAGGAGGCGAAGACUUUGACAGCAGAAUGGUAGAUCAUUUCAGUCAAGAAUUUGAAAGGAAAUACAAGAAGAAUAUAAAAGAUAAUCCAAAAGCAUUGAGACGACUUCGUACUGCUUGUGAAAGAGCUAAAAGAACACUUUCGUCAAGCACUGAAGCUAGUUUAGAAAUUGAUGCGUUACAUGAAGGCAUUGAUUUCUAUUCAAAGAUGACAAGAGCACGAUUUGAAGAGUUGUGCUCUGAUCUAUUCCGACAGACCCUCGGACCAGUAGAAAGGGCUCUAAAAGAUGCUGGACUGAAUACCAGAGAAAUACAUGACGUCGUUUUGGUUGGAGGUUCUAUUCGAAUACCUAAAAUACAACGACUUUUACAGGAAUUCUUCGGCGGUAAAACACUAAAUCUUUCAAUAAAUCCUGACGAAGCAGUCGCUUAUGGCGCUGCAGUACAAGCGGCUAUUCUAACCGGUUCUAAAGACGAGCGCAUACAAGACGUACUAUUGGUCGACGUCACUCCUUUGUCGCUUGGCAUAGAAACAGCAGGAGGUGUGAUGACGCGUUUAGUGGAAAGAAACACUCGAAUACCGAUUGCGCAAAAGAAAAUAUUUACUACGUACGCUGACAACCAACCAGCUGUGACGAUUCAGAUCUUUGAAGGGGAAAGAGCAAUGACGAGAGAUAACAAUCUAUUAGGCACGUUUAAUCUCACCGGAAUACCGCCGGCGCCCAGGGGCGUUCCGCAAAUCGAGGUAACAUUUGACAUCGACGCAAACGGCAUUUUAAACGUCAGCGCUCACGACAAAAGCACCGGACGAUCAGAGCACAUCACCAUAUCGAAUGAUACAGGGCGACUGAGUAAGAGAGAUAUUGAGAAAAUGCUAAGUGACGCGGAAAAAUUUAAAACUGAAGACGACGCUGUGAGAAAAAGGGUCGAAGUCAGAAAUCAAUUGGAAGGAUACUUGUAUGGGUGUAAAACGGCAGCAGAAUCAGCCGGCAAUCGUCUCACAGACAACGAACGAGAUGCAGUUAUAAAUGAAUGCAACACGCAAUUACGCUGGUUGGAGACUAACCCAGAGGCAUCACAAGCGGAAUUAGAGCGAAGGUUGAAGGACGCUCAGAAGGUGUGCCAACCUGCCAUGAUGAAGCUGCAUGGGACAGGCGGAGGUCCUAGCUAUGGGAGACCUGAAAGCCCUGGUGGACCAAGAGUAGAAGAAGUAGAUUAACAGAUUAAUAUUAUCAAGACAACUAUUAGGCGAGUAUUUAUAUUGUCGCUGAUCAUUUAGGCAGUCUUGCUCUUUCAUAUUAUUAGGCAUUAGUGUUUAACCGCCAAAUUCAAUUAAAGAUCCACAUCGCUUUUUUCCAUCACGAAAAUGAACCAAUCAGAACAGGCUUUUUGACAUGCUUAUAAAUCACUUAUUUAAUUGCAUUUUAUGGGAUCGGAUAAAAGAUUAAGAUUGGAAUCUUUUCUUGAAAACGGCGGUUUAGCUCUAGGAAACUAAAGACUAACAAGAACUAUUGUUAUUACAAAUGAACUUCACUGUUCUAUCUUUGGAUAUCGAAUAAUUUCAUGUUAGAAAUAAAGUAAUAAAUAUUACUUUAGAUGUACCAGACAUAACUCCAGCAACGGAA